AAGAAAUGGAUCGAUUGUUUUGCCAUGAAUGGUCGAGCAGCCCGCGCGCUGCGAGAGGGCACCCCCUACAAGGUCGGGGUUACGCUAUACGUGAAGCCCAAAGAUGGCGGCACAGUUCCGAAGGAUUGGUUGGAGAAGGCCAUCUUUCAGGCCCCCUUUGCAGACUUCGGGGAAAUUUUCCGCGCUGACGUCUCCGAGACGCAAAGAUGCGCAUAUGUGGAGUACAAGGAUCCUCGGGAAGGGCCUCGAUGGCAAAAAGAUUUCGGGCAAAGAGGUAUCGGUGGUGCUGGCUUCAACUCCAGUGCGGAGCCCACAGCCAGGACAGAUGCGCGUUCACGUCGCACCAUCUCGGGUUGUUUGGCCGAGUCCUGUGCUCGUGCAGUGCAAGGUUCCCAGCAACCAGCUGGAAUCACAAGGAGAGACUCCAGUGCUGGUUCCGCUGGAUGCUGGUGCAAUGCGCCAGCGCAAUCUGCGCCCGAAGAGCGUUAUUGAGCACAAGCAGCUGUCCUGCUCGGACUUCAAAUGUGGCCGGCGAGUGAAACUGGACACCCGGCCUUCUAAGCAGAGUGCGCAGAUGCAACUUCAGCCGAAGGCUUGGAAGGAUGGCGGCGCUUCGGUCAUUGUUUGCUUGGUUUCCUUGAACCCGGAGCUGGGCAAAAGCGUUUGGCGCCUGCUGGGCCACGCGGAGGUGGCGCUGUGCAAGGUCAGCCCCGCGGAGUUGCAGCUGUUGGAGGACGACGUGGGUCGCGAGCUGAAGAGGUGGGCCGUCCACUUGCACCACGGUUCAUGCGGGGCCCCGCAGGCCCCGCAUGAUGCAAAAGAGGCGGUUGGAAUGAUCCAGCAAGUGAAAGCAGAGAUUUCGGACGAGAUGCUGAAGCUGAGGGUUGGUUUGAGUGAGGGCGCGCGCAUUACCUUGCAAGAGAUGGAGCAGACAUGGGCACUAGAGCCAGAACCGCGGAUCCAAAAUUGCAGGGACGUGUCUUGCAUGCUGGAUGGCUUUCCGACGCUGGAGUUUUGUGCAGAGGAGGAUGCUACGCCUGUGCAAGGUGCGUGGUCCAUGGUAUCCAUGAAGGUUUGUGAUCUAUUCCUGCAGCUACAAAAGAUAUACGCGGACGCAUUGAUCAAAGUUAGUCCAUCAGAGGCAGAGGUGUUGGAGUUUCUUGCGCCGGUGAGGGCGGAGCUGGAUGCCUGGGCCGCGAGUUUGGCGCUGGUCCAGCACGAUCCGACUUGUACAGCGCAGAAAGUCGUCAGAGCCUCAUGGCGGGAAAUCGUGACUCAAAUGCAGGAGCUUCUGCCAGGCCGAAUGACCAACGCGGCCAAGGUAUUGCUUGAAGGUUAUCCAAAGCGACCCGCGGGACAUGUUGCCCGCACGCUCAGCGGCUUUCCAUCCCUCGAGCUGCCAAGCUGCUUCAGGGUCCCCGGCGAGCCUCAGACGCUCAAUCAGAAAAUGAAGCGCAUGGUCUCCCAGGAGUUAUGCGCACUUUUCCUGCAGCUGCAGCAGACGUACAACCCAGGUUGCGUGAUUCAGGCUUACCCUGUAGAAGAAGCAGUUCUGGAAUUUGCCAGCCGAGUCGGGCAGGAGCUGACAGCUUGGGCUGACUACCUGCAGAAAGCGUCUGACUUGCCAGCCUCAGAUGUUGAUGUGGCAGCUGCAGUUGACCUGGUUGUUGGGGUGCAACAGAGGAUUUGGGCAGACAUUCAGAGUUUGACCCAGACGGGAUCCUUCAGCAAUGCGGCAAAGGUGUUGCUUGAAGGCUGUCCAAAGCGCGCAAUAGGCCCCGUUGCCCUCACUCUCAGCGGUUUCCCGCCCCUUGAGAUGCCAAGCUGCUUCAUGGUACCCGGCGAGCCUCAGACGCUCAGUCAGAAAGUCCAACGCACGGUCUCCCAGGAGUUGAUUGAUCUUUUGCUGCAGCUACAGGAGAUGUACAAGGGCUGUUUGGUCCGGCCCACAGAGGAGGAAGCAAGCUUGUUAGAUUACGCAGCCCAGAUCGUUCGCGAGCUUUCUGGCUGCUCGCGGCUCCCGAGCGAUGUGCACGGUGUUGACUUCGUCAAGGUUUCGGCGGACAUGGCUUCAGGGGCGCGGAGGCAGAUUUGGAGGGAGAUUGUGAAGCGUGACUCCACGAACGCUGCGAAGGUCCUAUUCAACCGCCAAGAACUUCACUCAGAGUCGGAGUCGGAGCCGCCAGUUGUGUACCACAAAGGCACCUCGGUGGGUGGCUUUCCGGUGUUCCUCUUCCCCUUCGAAACUGAGAAGCCCUCGAAGGGGGCUCUGCAACAAGUGCGGCUUGCAGCCUCGCAGCACGUGCAGUCAGAGUUCGGCGCCCUGGCGAGGAAAUCGGACUUGAAGUGCAUCCAGGACAUGGAGCCCGUGUUUCUCGCAUGGGCGCGAAUUACAGUCGCGAGAAGCCUGGUCUACGCCAGAAUUGCUUCCUUCAAUUUGCACUUUCACCGAGUUCUUGCCGCAACGCAUGAGUCCGUGGUUGCUCACACGCUCCGGUCGGACCUGACAGAGAGCUGCAGAAUGGAAGUUGACCAGGACGACCAUGGCUUGGCGCCGAUGGACGACAUUUUGGUGGGAGAUGGCUUCGAUGGCUGGAAUCGGGUCAAGGGCUUGGGCCCCGUUCUGACGGUCUAUGCACUGAAAGAGCCCGGCCAGGAAGGGCUCCAGCUGCGGCACUUGGCAUGUGGCCCAGUGGUGCUCGCAGAGAAGGCCACCAGCGGGAUGACCUACAACUUCAUUCGAAAUGUGGAGUUCUUUGACGAAGAUGCGGAGGAGGAAAACCUGGCUGCGUUCUUUCGCAGCGUGAAGGUGAAGCUCCCAGCUGACCCGUUGGAGCGAAAGGAGGCGCUGCUGAAACUCUACACGUCAGAGGCAGUCUACCGUAAGCUCAACCAGGCGAUGUACCAAGAUGACGCAGAAGGACUUAGGCGAUUUGCGCCGUACAUUCGGGCUUUGCGUGGGGUUUUCAAGCGCGGGCAGAACAACCUAUUGCCGGGCUUCAACUUUUUCAUUGGCUCAAAGAAUCAUCUUCGUCGAGGAUGCAACCUCACGAAGGAACACGCCGAAGUCUACCAAAUCAACCAGAAAGUUUGCUGGCCAGCCUUCACUUCCACCAGCGAGGCGGACAAGGGCGGACAGUUUGGUUGCUUGCAGUUUCAUGUUCGCUGCCGGGACAGCAUGGAAGAUCCAAACGAAUCGGAGGGGUACUUCCCAGCAUCUAUCGCACCGUGGUCUCACUACAAGACUGAAGUGUUGAUGCCUCCUCAUUUCAUGUUGCGGGUCCACAAUAUCAACUACAACGACUCGCCUGACGACACCAAGCAAUGGGUCAUUGAGCUAGAGCUCGCUGAUUUGGUUCCGGUCUGGGACAUCAUCGCCCAGAGGAACUGGCAACAGUUCAACGCCUGGGCCCAAGCGAACCCCGACUUGCUGGACACCUCGAAAUCCCGGCGCUCCAUCAUCAACGCAGUGGCGAGCAGCCUGGCUGCCGAGCAAGAGAACGAGACCGGCGUGGAUCCUUUGGAGGUCUGUUUUCAUCAUGGCGCCCGGCCCAACGAGAUUGACAUGCAGACUGGAAACACGCCGCUGACGACAAUCGCGCUACAAUGCGUGGAGAGUGGGAAGACAGAACAGGCCUUGGCUGUGAUUGACUCCCUUCUUUUGGCCGGCGCAAAUCCGUACAUCAAGGCUGGCCCGCACCACCAGAAGUCCCUCGAGCAGCUCAUGCCGGGGGUUGAUUUGCGACUUUCGAAUUAUGCGAUGGGUUGGCAGUACUGGUUUGAUGAUGGCUGGUAUCCUUGGUCUGAGGACGGGUCGGCCAAGUUGGAGCAUGCUUUCCAAGUGUGGCUGGAUGGUGGACAUGCGGGCAGGAGCAAGCUGCUGGCCGUUCGGAGCGAGCACUUCUCAUACGACGUGGACUUCCUCAACAUGAAGCAAGCCAACUCUUCAACUGGAACGAGGCGAAAGAUCCGGAGAUACCGCCAAAGGCGACGCUCCGUCCUUUUGUCGCAUGAUCAACUUCUGGCUGAUUCCGAGGCAAAGCUCAGGCAAGAGCUGACACUUCUGCAGAAGCUCCUGAUGCGAGCAGCCGUGGAUGCAGUGCAACAAGCCGCGUGCCGUUUGCAAGAUGCCAUUGCCGCGGGCAUGUUGUCGGGCUUGUCGCAGAUGCUUGACGCUGAAGCACCGGCCUCUGCGGCUGAAAUCGCCGCAGCCAGCAGUGAGCUUGAGAAGCUCGUGCUGGGAGACUUCGACGAUAAAGCCAAAGAGGCGGAGGAAGCCAAGGUGAGUCUUCGGAACCUGCGGGAGGCUUGCGACCUGAACUGGGACACUCGAGAAAAGGUGAGAGAAGUGGUCAGGCAUCUGCAGGAUGACCCCCAUGUGAAGCUGGCAGACGAUUUGAUCGAGGGAGCUGAAGCGUUUGCGACGAGCAACACUGUGUUCCAGAGAAAAGGGAUUACUCACGCAGGAUUUCGUGCCAGCCUAUCUUGGGAGAGUGGUGACAAACCGACAGACUUGGAUAUGUACAUGGUUUGCCCGAAGUGCAAUGUGGAGGUUUAUUUCAGCAAAAAAGAGUGUGGGUGCAACACAGAUGAGCUCUGCAGGCUAAACCUGGACGUUGACAACCUGGGGAGCUGUGAGAGUAGAUCAGAGGAGAACCUGUACAUGCAACUGCCGCAUCCAGGUAGAUACAAACUCCAAGUAGAGCUCUUCUCUGGGCCGGCUGUUCCCUUCCGGGUGCAAGUUCACCGAUCCGGGCAGGCGCUCAGAGUCUACCGUGUUGCGCCUCACACUGAGGAAAAACAAGAUGGAAGGAUCGUUAUUUUCGAGGCAAGUGCAGAUGCUGAAGGCAUCAUGCGCCUCGAGUCUGGCCUUCAACAUUUGGAUGUAAUGUUGAGCGCUGAUUAACACAGCCCCGGGAAAACGCGGGCUCCAUGCGUGACAACGAAUGGACUCCACACGAGUCAACUUGUUCGAAUGGCUGAGUGGCCCCCCGACCAAUUCGAGCCGAAUUCCGCAAUCACUUUGCACAUCAUCAUGCCAGUGCCUAGCCGUCGUGCGAGUCACGCUUGUGAUUUUGUCACAAUGCUUCCUGCGUCGACAGGAUGUUGCUGCCACAAAAUGUGCUCACACACACACAGUGUCUCUCACCCUCUCACACACACACAC